AUGGUAGAGGUCUCGGCCCUGGUCUCCUCUGCUGCCCUCUCAGAUCAUGCAGAGGAGGUCUCUUUGCAAUCAUGGAAAGAUGAAAUGGGCCGACUACGUAUAUGGUCGGCGAAUAUCGGUGCCCACCAAAGGGGUCAAUCAUCCCUUGACUUUCACCUAAGGGAUGCAUCUCAUAUAAGAAGACUUGAAGAUCUUCUAAACGAUCUGAAGGAGGUUCUCGAGGAGGACUCAGACGACGAAGCCUCAGAGAAUGUUGAGACACCCUCGGAUGAUGACACGACCGAAAUUCAACAACUACACAAAGACAUUGUGGAGACAAUCCAUCAUCUCUAUCGGAUCUCACCACGACCGACUUUGGGAACUAACAAAUUAGAUGCCCAGCCCUUCAAACAUUGGGCUCACAAUCAUGCUUCCAACAAAUACCCCCUGGCGGAUGCCGGAGUUCUCGAGUGUGUCAGUUCCGCAAUGGCAUUGCAGAGAGCUAUAUUGAAAUAUCGUGAAAGACAUCAUGCCAAACUCAGCCAAAAUGUUGACGAUGGCAAUGAGGGCGAUCGAAGAUCAACUCUCCUGUCAGAGACAAUCGUGACGGAUAUAUGCCAUGAUCUGCCUCCUGAUUCCAACGAUUAUUUCUCCGUGGUGGAUACAUCUGAAACAAAAACCUCAUAUGCAGGUACAUUGAUCAAUGGGACAGGUGCUACGAUAAUCCCACCCUUGCCAAAAGAGGGUGCUGGCAAAACACCGUUCGAAUGUCCCUAUUGUUUCUUGAUCAUCUCCGUUCGAGAUACGCGAGCAUGGGCUCGCCAUAUCUUUCGCGAUUUAAUGCCAUAUGUGUGCAUUUUCCCGGGUUGCUCUGGCAAACUAUAUGAAAGUCGCCGACAGUGGUAUGCCCAUGUCGAGAAUGCACAUGGAGAUUCAAUGUCAUUCCCCAAAUUUGUCUGCCCUAUAUGCAAGGAUUCCUUUUCUACUGCUAUGUAUGAGCGGCAUCUGAGUCGUCAUUUGGAAGAGCUGGCUCUCUUUCUUCUUCCUCGACCGGUGGACAAAGAAGACAGUGAUGAAGACACAGAUGAAGAAUCAGAACGUGCUAUGAGUAAUGAGCUUAGACAGAAGUCUUAUGACGGCCAAGCGCCGCAUAUUGUUAGACAACUUCUCGAAUCGGACAAUCCUCCGGCUUUCGAAACACUCCCACAAAAUGAACCCUUUGGGAACAUUGGCGAUGGAUCUCGAGAAGCCGAGGAACCAGAACAUUGGCUCGGACGUCCAAACCUUCCAUGGCUCGAUGAUGCUCCAUACAUUGCUCCAGACAUCGAUAGCGAUGGCGCUGAAGAGAGCGACGAUGAUGAACCUAUCAUGUCCUCGCGUGAAAGGUCAGGGCAUGACCAACUUAUCCUGAAAUACGGUGGAAUCUUUCAUACUGUGGACAUUUCUGAGUUCAGCAUUGACGACGGAAGCUUCAACGUUGGCAAAGUGCGGAAGAUAGCUGCCAACAUAUUUGGUAGACCAAGCGAACGGGUCAAAUUGCUAUUCAAAGGGUGCACGCUGAAAGAUGACGAGAUCGCAUGUAAAUCGGUGGGAAUCCAGAACCGAAGCGAGUUGCUGUGUGUUGUUUCCGAACCUGACACAUAUUCGCUAACCGAUUCCUCCGGAUCGACUAAGAUCGUGAAAUCCGGAGAAAGCCACAAGAAAAUCAAAAAAACAAAGAAGAAGAGGAAUACAAGUCCUUCUUCAUAUAAUUCCUCAGGGUCAUUAAACCCAAAAGAAGAAACGCGCAAGCCAUGCGUCGUCUCAGAGCUUAUCGACAAAAAGCCAUUGAUCGAUUGA